AACAACUUUCUAUUCAGAGGAAGGUCCUCGCUUCUGGGUUGCAUGUUGAAGCACUUCACAAGCACAAAGAGCUUGCGACUCGUUAUUUAUGACUAUUUAAUCGACUAAAAAUCUUCACCAAUAAUGACCCAGGCUGAGAAAGAGCAGGACAACGGGAAGGAGAAGGAGAAGGAACGAGACAAGGAGAAAGAAAAGGAGCAACAACGCGGGGUGAAAAGACCCAUCGCUCCUCCGGUCAUCCCAGACCCACUUCAGGAGCAAAUACAGAGCAACUUCAUAGUUGUCAUCCACCCUGGUUCAAGGACGCUCCGCAUUGGCCGAGCUACAGAUAAUCUUCCGGUGACACUCCCACAUGUGAUAGCGCGCAGACACAAACAAACUGGACAGCCGAGAUAUGAAGAUGCCUGGCUGUUGAGAGAUGGUCUAAAUAAAGCAGAGAGUAAUGAGCAGAGGCAGAAUGGGCUUAAAAUGGUGGACCAGGCCAUCUGGUCCAAGAAAAUGUCAAACGGAGUGCGGAGGACACCCGUCUCUGCUGACCAGGCCCGAGCUUAUAACUGUCAGAUCCGUCCGGCAGUACUAGACAGCAGCUCCAGGGUGAAGUGGACCAACACAGCCCACCAGCCUCCUCAUCUGGUGGGAGAGGAGGCUCUUUAUGUGAAUCCAUCUGACUGUUACAACAUCCACUGGCCAAUAGUCAGAGGUCAGCUCAAUGUGCAUGCCGGUACCGGAGGCUCCCUGACCGCCGUACUGGCUGACCUCGAGACGAUCUGGAGUCACGUCAUUCAGAAGCAGCUGGAGAUCCCCCUCAAAGACUUAAAGUAUUACAGAUGCAUCCUACUGGUGCCCGACAUCUGUAACAGGCAGCACAUCAAAGAAGUUGUCAACAUGCUGCUGCUUAAUAUGGGCUUCUCAGCGAUCAUCGUGCACCAGGAGUCGGUGUGUGCUACAUUUGGCAGUGGGUUGAGCAGUGCUUGUGUCGUGGAUGUUGGAGACCAGAAGUCCAGUCUUUGCUGCGUAGAGGACGGCGUGUCCCACAGGAACUCCAGAUUAUGUUUGGCUUAUGGCGGCUCAGAUGUGACCCGCACUUUCUUCUGGCUCCUGCAGAGGGCGGGCUUUCCCUACAGAGACUGUCAGCUGUCCAGCAGACUGAACUGUCAGCUGCUACAGCAUCUGAAAGAGACCUUCUGUCAUCUGAACCAAGACAUAUCAGGACUACAAGAUCAUGAAUUCCAGACACGUCUCCCAGAAGCCCCAGCUCUUCUCUACCAGGUUCGACUAGGGGAUGAGAAAUUACAGGCACCUAUGGGUCUCUUCUACCCGACCACAUUUGGCAUCGUAGGUCAGAAGAUGACAUCACUUCAGUACCGUUCCCAAGGAGACUCAGAGGAUCCUCAUGAUGAACACUACCUGAUGACUACACAGAGCAAACAGGACCAGUCCUCCAAAUCUGGUGCAGACCGGAAGGGUAUGUCCAGACCAGGUGGUGGUUUGGAUGGUGAGAUGAGUGGUCAGGGAGGGGUUGGGGAGCUCUCUGACCUGAGCAGGGGCUGUGGGAGUGGCAGCGCUGGAGGAGGGAUGAAGGUGGAGAUGGAGUUUGGGCCUGCGCAGGGGGAGUGCCUGAUGGGGGCAGGAGAGGUGGAAGAGCCCCUGUCUGCUCACCUCUCCAGGAAGACUGCCAUCAUGAGCCAGUUUGAGAGCAAAGCACUGGGCCUGGACAAGGCCAUCCUGCAUAGCAUCGACUGCUGUGCAUCAGAUGAAACCAAACGCAAGAUGUACAGCUCCAUCCUGGUCGUGGGAGGAGGGCUCAUGUUUCAUGGUGCUCAGGAGUUUCUGCUUCACCGCAUCAUCAACAAGAUGCCGCCCUCAUUCAGAAGGCUGGUAGACAACGUGGAAGUUAUCACGCGGCCUAAGGACAUGAACCCUCGGCUGAUAUCAUGGAAGGGGGGAGCAGUGCUGGCGUGUCUGGACACCACUCAGGAGAUGUGGAUCCACCAGAGGGAGUGGCAGCGGUUUGGUGUCCGAAUGCUCCGCGAGAGAGCUGCCUUUGUCUGGUGAAAGCAAACAGAUUUUACUUGAAUCUUAACGCUGCGUCUACACAGGAGGCGUAGCGUGAGCAGCUCGUUCAGGGCAACGUAUCCCUUUGACAAUUAUAGCACGGCUAACACCAUGUUUACUUGUGUCAUCCAAUAGAAACCCAGAUGGGAGUCGUUAUUGUAGAACUUUUGAAGUCUUUGAUAAUAUUCUGUAAAUACUGCAAUUCUUGCCUCUUUUUGAAAGUUUGGAUUUGUGUAAAUAAACCCAUCACGCUUGGAUAUACAAUUGUUGCAUUUGAUUGGAACAAACAAAAUCCACCUUUUUUGGAAAUAUGAACAUAUUGGAUUGAAACACAAGAUUGCCUCAAACUAUUAUCCCAGAAACUCAAUGCUUUAAGAUUUACAUUCACUGUCCGAGUUAAGACAAAUGCCUCCGCCGGCUCUGCCACAUUACAUUUCAAAUACAAUCAGCCAUUUAUUAGAUACAAUUUUUUUAUAAUAUCUUCACAUUAUUGAUUUUGAAGUGCAUGCCCUAGAUCUACACAGAGGCAAGUUGUGUCGUUACAGAGUGUAAUUGUAAUGGAACUCAGUGGUAACAUGUUUAAACAUCGAACAUUUUUAUUCAGACAGAAACAUACAAAACAAUGACAAACUAACUUCAUGAAACUUCAGUUCAGAAGGGAACUGGUGUGACAGUAAAAUGUUCAGGCCAAAAGAGGAUGAAGGGAGGAAAUGAGGAUAGCUGCUGCAUCGGCCAUUCUGGUCCCUACGUGUAGGAAUUCCCAGAAAGGCGUCAAGAAACUGCUGGUUGCAGCGGCAGCCGAUGAAGAGGGGCUUCAGCACUGUGACAUCAGUCUUCCUUUAGGGUCUCAGCAAAUAGACACUGUGCCAGGCCCCACGCCUACACAUUCAGUGUAGGCGUUUACCUAGAGAGAAGGGAGGAGUAUACAAUGGAGGAGUUAUGUCUCCAAAUAUGUGAGGCAAAGUACUUUUUAAGGCCACUUGUUAUAACAAACCCUUGAUCUCACUUUGUGAUACAGGCUCCAGAUAUAGAAGGUACACGAUAUCAAAAGAGGUUUAUCUUAUGGGUGAUGUUUAAUAAAAAACAAAAAUCCUCACCUUCCUCAUCCUCCUCCACCCAUUGGUGGGGAGCUGGGACCUGCCCCGUGGUUAAUUCUCCCCAUCCUUCUCCUGCCACCAGGGGGAC